AUGGAAAUCGAUGUCCCUUUCGAUCCUUCAGCUCUGGGUUUGAAGGAGAUAGGGAAUCUGGCGAGCUGGACUGUGAGCAGUUCUAAACCUGGCUGUGGAGUCGAAGCAUUAAGGGAGGAGGACACCAAUUUAUUCUGGCAAUCUGAUGGCCCGCAACCGCAUCACCUAAAUAUACAUUUCAGUCGCCUUGUCUCCAUAGUAGCUAUUCGACUCUUUCUUGAUUUCGAAGCCGACGAAUCCUACACACCAACUCGAAUCACUCUUCUAGCUGGCACAGGCUACCACGACCUCAUACCAUUCUCUGCACUUAGUUUCGAACAGCCCAAAGGUUGGAUUGAUGUCCCUCUUGAUCAUGUUGGUGGAGGCGACGAUGGCAAAACCCUGAGAGCAUUCUUGGUACAAGUCAAGAUUGUGGAGAAUCACCAGAAUGGAAAGGAUACCCAUGUUAGAGGAUUAAAGAUAUAUGCUAGAGACGACCGAGCUCGAGGGACAAUGAGAUUGGAAAGUCUUCGAGCCGAUGGUAUCGAGGGAAAGGGGAAGACGAAGGCAAACGAAGCAGGACAAACCAACGGCAUGGAAAGAACAUGGCUCCUCGAGCCGGACUGGAUGGGCGAACCCGAGCUGCGCUGA